UCGCAGUCUAUGAAAAAUGUAUGAAAUAAACGAUUUUGAGCAUUUCUUCAAAGUGGAUAUAACUUAACAAAAAUUUGUGUAAUAAAAUAGAUUUCAUAAAUAAUUAACAAAAUGCCGUAAAAAAUUUAAAUUCAAACGGCAAAAAAAAAACAAUUUCUGUUUGUAAAAUGCCAAAUAAACUGUGUAAAAUACAGUUAGAAAUUAAAAAAUUAAAAAAUAAAUAUCAAACAGUGUUUUUUGUGUUAAAUUAGUGCAAAAAUUAAGAUUUUAGCAUUUCCAUCAGCUCAAAAGAGAGAAAGUGGAAUAAGAAAAUUUUCCAUAUUUUGCUUUUGUUUUUCACUUUGAGCCAACUUUUGUGCGAGUGGAAAUUUAUUUCGCGUGCCAACAACUUCGUAUUUUAUUUUUGCGUUCGUCCCAUUGACGCAACGCCAUUCGUUCGCUGCAGCCAUAUUGGAAAUUGGAUUAUCUAACGCAUUUCAAAAUGGAGGACGAGAGUGACGACAAGGACGAUACGAAACGAAAAUCUCGAAAUCUUAGUGAAAAGAAGAGGCGAGAUCAGUUUAACACUUUGGUGAAUGAUUUGAGUGCGUUGAUAUCGACAUCGAAUCGGAAGAUGGACAAAUCGACGGUAUUGAAAUCGACGAUAGCAUUUUUGAAACAUCACAACGAAGCCACCGAUCGUUCGAAAGUUUUCGAAAUUCAGCAAGACUGGAAACCGACAUUCCUUACCAACGACGAAUUUACACAUCUCAUGCUAGAAUCCCUGGAUGGCUUCAUAAUAGUGUUUAGCGGUAUUGGUUCCAUAUGUUAUGCAUCUGAGAGUAUUACGCCACUUCUGGGAUACUUGCCGAGUGACUUAGUGAAUAUGACCAUAUUCGAUUUGACCUACGAAAUGGAUCACGAAAGUCUAUUGAAUAUAUUUUUAAAUCCGAAACCAGUGAUUGAACCACUACAGACUGAUAUCAACUCAAGUAAUCAGAUUACCUUUUGUUUGCAUUUACGUCGCGGCGGCAUCGAGAAGGUCGACGCCAAUGCGUAUGAAUUAGUCAAAUUUGUAGGUUAUUUUAGAAACGAUGUGAAUCUCGAUAGCAUACAAGCGCAAAACGCUCUUGCCUUACCGCGCAUCUUCCAAAUGAACCCCAACGCUGAGGUGGACAAGAAGUUGAUUUUCGUUGGCACGGGACGUAUACAAACGCCGCAGUUGAUACGGGAGAUGUCGGCCAUAGAUCCAACAUGUAACGAAUUCACAUCGAAACAUAGUAUGGAGUGGAAAUUCCUCUUUCUUGAUCACCGUGCGCCGCCCAUCAUUGGCUAUAUGCCCUUCGAGGUGCUCGGCACAUCCGGUUAUGAUUACUAUCAUUUCGAUGAUCUGGAGAGUAUCGUCGCUUGCCAUGAGGAGUUGAUGCAGAAAGGCGAAUGCAAGUCCUGCUAUUAUCGUUUCCUCACCAAAGGGCAACAGUGGAUUUGGCUGCAGACCGAGUUUUAUGUGUCAUACCAUCAAUUUAGCUCGAAACCGGAUUAUGUGGUGUGCACACACAAAGUUGUCAGCUACGCAGAUGUGAUACGUCAAACGAAGGCGGGCAAUAAGUUGGACAAGACCCCAUCGAUUAACAAUAGCACUAGCAAGUCAUCGACAAUGACACUGCGCGAUUUGGAGACCAGCAAUCAGAGCUUAGACCCAUCCACGAUGUCGGCGAGUGAUAGUGGCAAUGUGAUAAUGGGUAUCUUAAAUGAAGCUUCGCCGCGCCUGGACACCUCACCGAUAUGGCCGAAUGCUUCCUCAACAACGGGUAUAACACCCACAACGUUCAAGACCUCACGACCCGCCUCGAGUUAUGGUAAUAUUAGCUCAACUGGAAUCUCACCGACUGCGAAGAGGAAACGUUACUUUCCUCAUCGGCCGGGUAACGAAUCCGACUCGACGUCUAUUUCAGCAGACUCGGCCACCAGUAAGCACUCGCUGAUGACGCACUUGAGUUCGAGUCGGCAUCGACACGGCCAUCAUAACAGCGGCAUGCAAAUGCCACAAAGUACAACACAUUCGCAGCAGUUGAACGCAGCUAACCAACAUGCGCUGCACAGUCACCACCAAACGCUGCAAAACAACAACACAAUGCAGAUUAGUCAAGCGCAGAGCCAAAAGCUGCUGCCAAUGCUGCCGCAAAAUACCAUGGCGCAGGCGCAAAUUGUACCGAACAAUCCAUGCCAAUUCACCCAGCCCACCUUUCCGAUACGCAGCUCACAAAUAGUCGGCCCCACAUUUCUGGAGCCCUCACAAUACCUCGCCGCCAUACCAGUGCAACCGGUGAUAGCACAAUUCCCAGUCGCACCGGUGCUCUCACCGCUGCCGGUAAACGUGAGUACGGCGCCGCCUUGGAAAACUGCCGGACAGCCACCAAACGGCAGCUUCGAUCCCCUGCAAGCGCAAACGGAUAUGUUGUCCGGCGCUGUGGUGAUGACACCCACGCAAACACAGCUGCAGGAUCAGCUACAGCGAAAGCAUGACGAGUUGCAGAAGCUGAUCAUGCAGCAACAGGAUGAGCUGCGCCUUGUUUCCGAGCAACUAUUGUUGGCGCGCUACACGCUGCUGCAGCCCAUGAUGCCUAUGAACUACAAUACGCCCACGAACAGCAGCAGAGGGAACUUCAAUUUUGGUGGCAGCAGCAGCUCUAUGGAGCAACAGUUCAAUCAAUUUGGCUUUACGAUGAACUCCAACGCCGAGCAGCAGCUGCCGGAUCAGACCGCGCAGCAAAUGAUGUUGCAGCACCAACACAUGCAGACGCAGCAGCAGCAGCAACAAUUGCAUAAUCAUAUUCAUCAACAGCAGCAGCAGCAGCAACAACAUUCGACGCAACACGGCAGCCACCAACAACACCACCACCAUCAGCAACAGCAACAACAACAAACGCAAAAUCAGCAACAAAAUCAGCUGCAGCAACUGCAAGCUCAUCACCAACAACAACAAUCGCAGCAACAGCAAUCGCAACAACAACCAACAGCUCAUCAGCAACAACAGCAACAACAACAGUUGAACCUUCUCUCACGUAACGUACCUGAUCUGGCGCAAUUCGGUCACGAAGAGAUCGACGCCUUCUUCAAUCUCUCACCCCUCCAAACGCUCAGCACCACCACCACCCAAACGAGUAUGAACAAUCGCAACAACAACAACACCUUACCGGCGAGCAAUCAACAACAGCAGCAGUCCGGCAUAAAUCAAAAUUUUAUCAACAACACCAACAACACACCACAAGCGACAAACGAAGACUCCCUGCUCACCUACAUGCAAAUGGCCACAGAGUCCAGUGCGACACUGAACUUCCCGAUGGGCAUUAGCGAUAACGGCUCGGAAUCGCAGAGCGAUCGUAUGGAGAAUAAAUUAAUUGGCGCCAAUCAAGCAAUACAACAACAACAACAGCAGCAGCAGCAACAGCAACAACGCGCCAACUCCUUCUUUCCCAGCAAUCCCUUUGAAGCGCUCAGCGGCCAAGCGAACACCAAUCAGCUGCCAAACGAUUUGGAAAUAUUGCCCUAUCAAAUGUCGCAGGAGCAGUCGCAGAACCUCUUCAACUCACCGCAAUCUUCGAGGAAUAGUCAAUAGCCUUGAGGCUUUAAGCGAAUUGGUUUAGUUGUAAGGAGAGUAUUCUUAAUUAUAAUAUGAUAAUAGUUAGUAUGUGUGAAUGUGUGUUUGUAUGUGUGUGUGUAUGACUGUUUGUAUGCUCAUUGGUGUAGAUAUAGUAUAUAACAAAGUACAUAUUUACUAGGUAAAUAAUAAUAGUUUUAAAGAGCUUUUAAAGAGCUUUAAAAGCACGACGAAAUUAAUUUAAAAGCUCAUCUUACCUCACCUCAUAAGGCAACCAAAAUGUAGAUUUAGAAGUGCAAUAUUGAAGAAUUGAAUUCUCUAGUAAAAUGUUAGGUUAGAUUAUACUGUCGGAUUAUACAUAGACUGCAAGUUCUUUGGAAUUCCAGAUGGAUGUUCAGUUAAGUUCGAGGUAAAGUAGUCAUCAUGUAGAACAUCAACGAUUUUUGGGAAGUCUCAGAGAGCUUUGAUAUCUAAUUUCGAUGCUUCACCCAAUCCUUUCAACCACGAAGGAUAUCUAAGAUGAGUUCUAACUGAGCAGAAGAGGUGCACCUGCGUCUCAUACAAGCCUUCUUCCCUUCCGGCAUAUGUCAGCGUUACUAAUGGUCAUAUAUCUGGCGUGUCAGUUCUUCAAGUUAUGACCUAUCCUUAGGCCAAGAAUGGUUAGGCAAUCCUUCGGGACCACGUGGGCUAAAAUCCAUGGGUGUCUUUCUUCGGUGCUCUUAUGUAUGUUUUUGCCGGUUGGGCAUGUCCUUAAGGCAUUUCAUCUCAUACUGAUUCAUUUGUCAGACCUUGUGGAAAUUUUACUGUGCUCUGUGCUUAGUUGUUUCGGUAGCUAGACGCAUGGUUCUUUUAGUAAUCUCAUCACUUUUCUUAUUUCUCGAAAUACCCUCGUUGUCUGUAUAUAUGUAUGUAUAUGCAGACGCUUUACUAUAGCCACCACUUCUACCGUCUUUCUGCUCCCAAGGACAUUUUCUGUCAUAAUACAAUGUGAAUUGCUGCUUUAACUGCUGGGCUUUCGAAUUUGGUAUUUAUAUGUGAUUUCGUGAAAUGCUAGCUGGAGGAGGGCUUGGAAGAUACAGCAGUAUUCUAGAGCAUCUAAGGGUUGCGCAGUAGAUACCGGCUCCCAUUCCGCCAUACAUUUUUAGUUUAUGCCUACGUUUUGUUGAUUUAUUUCCCCCAUUUUUGGUGGAAAAUUGUUACUUAUUUAUUACUAUUAAUUUUGAAUAUUUUCUCAAAUUUCAAACUAUCCAUGUUGACCCUCAAAUAUAAAACCAAAAAUACUAGCAAUGAAAUUUCAAAAUUUUGAGUUAGUAAUUUUUAUCAAAAUUUAUGCUUAAAUUCACCUA